AGGCCGUUGGUUUGGAGUUUGGACACACUUGACUUGACACUACUACUACUAUCCUCCUCCCUACCUUGGCAUUCUCCGCAUCUCUUGGCCUCAUAAGAACUAGGGUUUCUGUUUUUUUCUUGAAUUUUAUACGAUUAUUUCAAUGCGAAUGUAACUCCAAUAACCAGAUUCCAUUCGAUAUUCUUAUUCCUUACUACCAAGCUGUUUUUAAUUUGUAACGAAACUUGAUUAGUUGCUGAGAAUUGGGAUCUCUGGUAAUUUGUUUGAUCCACAAUCAUCGAUCAACUCUGUGAUUUAUGGCUUUAGUUCAGUCCUCUGCUCUCUGCUUUAGUGCUAUUCCUUCAAAUUUUCGACCGUCUUCUUGGUCGAAUCGGUUGUCGAGUUCAUUAGAUUCGAGAUCGUGUAGUACUGUGAAAGCCUCCGGCUUAACUUCAACGCCAUCGACUCCUCCAUCCUUCCGGUUUUCUUCUUCAUCUUGCUCACAACCAGGAAAAGUGUCUGCAAGUGCUCAGGGAUCACCUGAAACCGAUGAAUCCUCACUUGUGGUCUGCUUUGGGGAAAUGCUGAUAGAUUUCGUCCCUACAAUAAAUGGGCUGGCAUUGGCUGAAGCCCCUGCCUUUAAAAAAGCACCUGGUGGUGCACCUGCAAAUGUUGCUGUAGGUAUUGCUCGCCUUGGUGGUUCAUCUGCUUUCAUUGGAAAGGUUGGAGAAGAUGAGUUUGGUUACAUGCUUGCUGAUAUUCUAAAAGAAACAAUGUAA